UAGCAUAACGGGGAGCUGUCAGGCCGCCCACAUUUUCUACAGUCAUUGGUCCACGCUCUUGGCCUGCGCACCUGCAAUUAUUCCACUCACCUGCUGCGCAGGGCGGCGGCUCUGUGUUACUUAUCGCUGGAUCGUGGCGCUCGUGUUUCUGUGGAUGUCUAGUUUGUGUUCUCUUCCCGUGUACAGACCCUACUGGACGCUUCCCUAUUUCCCCUUGUCUUUGACGUGAGUUUGGAUAUUCGUAUGUGGACGUCGUGUAUCGUACAAAAGAGAACGUGUGAGGGACUGGCGAUUGAGAAGAGGAGUUUUGGACGUGUUCAUUUUCCCCUGGAUUCCCGGGAGCACUAAUUGCCCUGCACGGUUGUUUAUAGCGCCUGGUGACACUGUAAAUAAACUCUCUUUAAUUAAAACCUUAGUUCUGCGCUAGAGUCCACUCGUUCACCUUGACAGGAUCAGAAAUUACAAUUUCUUUCAGUUUCUAUUCUUGGUCAUGGAUAGUUUUGUGCGAAACAAACUGACUAAAUGGAAACUAAGUGACUGGAUUGAGGCAUUUGAAGCUCAAGAAAUUGAUAAGGAAAGUCUGUAUCUUCUCAAUGAUCAGGAAAUUGAUCAAUUGAUCACAAAAGCUGGACCUAGAGUAAAAUUCAAGGAUAAACUAAAGCUGUUAAAG